AUGGAUGACUAUAGCGCCCAUGUGAACCCGCAUGUCAAAAGGGUUAUCCAGAGUUUCCAAAACGCAGCCGUUCGUAGUUUGAGCGGGCCUAACGGGUUGCCGCUUCGGACUGGGGGUGUCCUUGGCCACCUACCCAAGAUAACUGUUAUGGAAGUGGAGGAAUAUCAUAAAGCUUUAGUUGCCUCCAAGAAACUAGCUGAAGAAAAGAAUGUUGAAUAUGAAAAUCCCUUCCUCGCACCUCCACCGUUUCCCAUUCAGCAAAUGCCCGUAUUUACGCCCGUGGAUACUACGAGAAGCGAACGUUCAGACACGAUUUUGGAAGGAGAAACAAUCGCUUGUUUUACAGUUGGAGGCGAGAAGCGUUUAUGCUUGCCUCAGAUUCUCAAUACAGUUUUGCAGGAUUUCAGUUUGCAACAAAUCAACGCCGUUUGUGAUGAGCUAAACAUCUUCUGCUCGCGCUGCAACCAGACCCAGUUGGAAACACUAAAACUUCUCAAUAUCCUGCCAUCUCCGGCGCCAAGUUGCGGACUCAUCACCAAAACAGACGCUGAACGGCUUUGCAAUGCUUUGCUUCAUGUCAAUCCAGAGAAAAGCAUGGAACCCCCUUCUCGUAGUAGUUUUAAGGUGUACCAUGAGUGCUUUGGGAAAGGCAAAGGGCUGUUGAAUCCAGAAGCAUACGUGUCUCCAGACUCCAAAUGUAUUCGCUGUGUUGACUGUUAUGGAAUGUUUAGCCCUCCCAAGUUUGUCUGCCAUUCUCAUAAGUCCAUUGAAAACCGCACUUGCCAUUGGGGAUUUGAUUCGGCAAAUUGGAGAUCCUACCUGCUGUUAGCAAUAGAUCAAAACUUGAAUGACAAUGGGAAACUGCAGGAUGCUAUUGAUGAGGUCAAGUCUAGGUUUGACCAGUCACACAAGCAGAAGAGAAGAUAU